AUGGCACCUGCGCUGGAACUCCUCGAGAAGCCCGCACAGUACCUGCCGGUAAAGGCCGUCUCGGCGAUCGGCAAAGGAGAUGCUGCUGGACUCAGAUUAGAGAGCCCGGAGAAGCAUGAGCGGGUGAUGAAUGUCUUCCGAGCUUUCAUCGCUGAUCUCUGCCAGCAGUAUGGUGAAGGCCAUGCUGGAUCUCCCAUGGGCAUGGUUGCAAUUGGUAUUUCCCUGUAUAAGUAUGUCAUGAAGUAUUCUCCGAACAAUUGCAACUACUUCAACCGGGACCGCUUCGUUCUUUCAAAUGGCCACGCAUGCCUGUGGCAAUACCUCUUUAUGCAUCUUGUUGGCGUCAAGAGCAUGACACUCGAACAGCUCAAGUCUUACCACUCAAGCAAGCUCGACUCAGUCUGUCCCGGCCACCCUGAAAUUGAGAAUGAGGGAAUAGAGGUCACAACUGGGCCCCUUGGCCAGGGCCUCGCCAGUGCUGUUGGCCUUGCCAUGGCCACUAAGAACCUUGCCGCGACUUACAACAAGCCCGGCCAUGAGCUAGUGAAUAACAUGACAUGGUGCAUGGUGGGCGAUGCUUGCCUUCAGGAAGGUGUCGGUCUCGAGGCGCUGUCCCUCGCUGGUCACUGGAAGCUAAACAAUCUCUGUGUUAUCUUCGACAAUAACUCAGUUACGUGUGAUGGAACUGCGGAUAUCGCCAACACGGAGGACAUCAACACCAAGAUGCGGGCCACUGGCUUUAACGUAGUAGACGUGUACAACGGAAAUUCGGAUGUUGCUGCCCACCUUCUCAACGUUCGCACCACUAUUGGCUACGGAGCUGCCAAGGCCGGAACCGCCGACAUCCACGGAGCUGCACUUGGAGUCGAGGAAGUGGCUAACUUCAAGAGGAGGUUUGGCCUCAACCCUGACGAGCAUUUCCACAUCCCCCAAGACGUCUAUGACUUCUUCAGUGACAUCCCUGGUCGUGGUGACGCACACGAAGCGGCAUGGCAAAAUGCCCUGGUGAAGUAUCAGAAUCAAGAUCCCGUUCUGGCGGCUGAAUUUGCGCUCCGUGUCGCGGGCAAGAUGCCUGAAGACUGGACCAAAUGCAUUCCUCGCACAGAAGACCAGCCUACUGCGCCAACGGCCACGCGAAAGUCAGCCGGUAUUGUGACCAACAACCUUGCAGUGAAUAUCAAUUCAGUCUUGGUCGGAACAGCGGAUCUUACUCCCUCGGUCAAUGUCGCCUACAAAAACAAAGUUGACUUCCAAUCUCCCGAACUCCAAACUGCUUGCGGACUGAACGGAAACUACAGCGGUCGAUAUAUCCACUACGGUAUCCGCGAGCACGCCAUGUGCUCCAUCUCCAACGGACUUUCUGCAUUUAACAAGGGCACUUUUAUCCCCAUGACGAGUACCUACUUUGUCUUCCACUUGUACGCGGCUGCCGGUGUGCGCAUGGCCGCGCUUCAAGGCCUCCAGCAGAUCCACAUCGCCACCCACGACAGCAUUGGAGUUGGUGAGAACGGACCUACACACCAACCCAUUGCCGUCGCCGCUCUCUACCGCGCCAUGCCUAAUGUUCUUUACAUCCGGCCAUGCGACGCAGAAGAAGUGGCCGGCGCCUACAUUGCUGCAAUCCAGGCCACUGAGACGCCUACUGUUAUCUCACUCUCCCGACAGAGCCUGACACAAUACCCCAAGAACUCUUCGCGCGAGGGCACGCUCAAGGGCGCAUACGUCUUCGCCGAGGCUGAAGGCGAUGAUUUCGAUGUAACCUUGAUCGGAGUCGGGUCUGAGAUGGGCUUUGCGAUGCAGACUAGGGAAUUGCUGCUUAACGAGCAUGGUAUCAGGGCACGUGUCCUGUCCUUCCCUUGCACUAGGCUAUUUGAGCAGCAGUCGCGGGAGUACAAACAAUCGGUUUUGAAGUCCCGGGCUGGGAAGCCCACUGUUGUGAUCGAGGCGUAUCCGUCCAACGGGUGGGAGCGCUAUGCUGAUGCUUCGGUGUCGAUGAACAGCUUUGGAAAGAGCCUUCCAUCAAAGGAGACAUACGAGCACUUUGGAUUUGCACCGGAGAGUAUCGCACCUAAAGUCAAGGGGCUAGUGGAGGAAGUCAGGAGAGACGGCAUCGGAAUCUUGAGGGGUGACUUCAGGGAUUUUAACGGUAGCCUUCGGAUUGGCGUUGAGCAUUAG